AUGAAGUUUAAGAAACGAAGCCUCAAGACCUUCAUCAACUGGGACCACUUCGCUUCCCUUGCGAGUGAAUGGGAAGGUUCCGUUAUCGACAAUAUCAAUGAAGAAUACAACCGGCUCGUCAAACAUCUUCUUGAUAACGAUAGGAAAGCAGGGAGCCUUCAAGCAUCCAAGAGACGGCUUUCUUCGAAGACCGUCGAGCUGAUACGUCAGCAAGGAAUCGCGCGAGUUGCAGGCAAUCAUCAACAAUUGUCCGAAUAUGCGAAGCUAUGCAGAGAAGCGAUAAAGGAAGAUCUGAAAGAUAAAAGAGCAGCAGUUAUGGGCGAAGCCGCCGAUGCCGGAAAGAGCAUUCGCAAGGCCCGACGGAGUUUCGCCAAUUACAAGACCAAGAUGACUUCCCUUCGUCGUUGUGACGGAACAGUUACUGCAUCUCGAAGGGCAAUGGAGAAGGUCAUUUACGACUUCUACUUGGAUCUCUUCGACAGCCACGUCUACCUGCCUACCCACCAUGCUGGGCAAAACGAAUAUAUCGUUCCUUCGGUUCUUCCUUCCGAAAUACGACAUGCCAUCAUGUCAAUGAAGAGUUGUACGGAGCCCGGUCCCGUUAGGAUCAAACCAGAAUAUCUGAAGAGUCUUCCACCACUUAUCGUCGGAACUCUGGCUAUUCUCUUCACGCGGUACCUGUCGGAAUGCAAAGUGCCCACGUCGUGGAAAACUAGCAAGACUACGACAUCGUGCUAUAUAACACCGAACAUCGAGCAGGUGGAACGAAUGCUAGCCGACUUUGGCAGUGAUUGUGGAAAGAUCGGCUUCAGACUGAACUUAACGAAGACGAUGUUCAUGAAAUACGGAUUGGUACCUAAUGCUCGUUUCACACUAAACGGAACGAAUAUCUCCGAAUGCUCUAGCUAUGUGUAUCUAGGUCGGGAAGUCAACAUAAUGAACGGCCUGGCUCCGGAGCUGUGUAGAAGGAAACGCGUGCCGUGGAGAGCAUUUAAGAAUAUCGAGGGAGCACUGAAGAAGAAAAAGGACGUCCGACUCCGCGCUCCCCUUUUCGACACUGCUGUCCUUCCUGCUUUGACGUGCGCCUUGGAGACCUGA